CGAUUGGUCUGUUCUCUUGAAAAUACAUACCCAUUCUUCCUCCCCAUCUGGAUUGUCCGUCCCUGCUCCAGCUCGGCCAGCUUUACCACCUUCUUCAGCCCCCCCACCACCAUGUCUUCUUCGGACGAAGACGUUCGCCGUCCCGGGCGCGGGACUGGUGCCGGUCAGCCAGGGAGCCCGUCUGGAAGUGAACACAGCAAUCCGGCACGCAGCCCAAGUCCCGUCGGCUCAGAUGCGGGCAACGCGAACGGUUAUGAUGAUGCGGACUUGUUCGGCUCGGACGCGUCCGACGGAGGUCUGGGCGACGACAAUGAUCGACCCCAGCGGAGACUCGACGAUGAGGAGCUUGACUCCGGGGAUGACAUGGAUCGCCAUGAUCGGGCGGGUGAUCAGAUGGACUACGACAGGGGCGAGGAUUACGAGGAGACUGUGAACAUCAUGGAUAUGAGUCUGAGCCGGGCACCGGAGCCAGUCAAUUCGAACGGCGAGGUGUACACAAUGCCGGUCCCCCAUUUCCUAUCGGUCGAAACAGAAGAGUUCAACCCGGCGACCUAUGUUGCGCCCCCAUUUGCGACAGCUGCCACAUCUCUGUGCUGGCGCUAUGACCCGCAAGACGAGUCGCUCCUUCAGUCGAAUGCUCGGAUCAUCCGCUGGGAGGACGGCUCCAUGACCUUGCAGCUAGCUUCCGCACCAAAAGAACAGUAUCGCAUCUCGACCAAGCCCCUUGCACCGCUCAACAAGUCCGGCGAAUACGACACCAAACUAGACUCCCACGUCUACCUCGGAGCAGCCGCAGAGGCCUCCUCGGUGUUCCGACUGACCUCUCAUCUCACUCAUGGGUUGACCGUUUACCCGACAACCAUGGAGACGGACGAUGCUGUGCAGCGUCUGCAGGAGUCCCUCGCGGCUGCCGCCCGCGGAGGCAAGAAGACGCUGGAUGGUUCGGCGCCGGUUAUUGAGGUGAAGGAAGAUCCAGAACUUGCUAAGCGCCAGGCCGAACUGGCGGAGCGCGAGAAAUUGAAGGCGGCGCGUCGCCGCCAGCAACUUGCAGACCGGGAGCUUGACCGUGGACGCCGCGUCGGGUUCUCACAUCGCACCGGGGGCGCUGGCCUCACUGUGGGUGGAUUGGAAGAUGACGAUGGUCUCUUAACGACACGGCCUCGUGCGAAGAAGCCCCGCAAGCCUAACCGUCGUGGUGAGAUCUACACCGACGAUGAGGAGGACUACGACCGCCGCGGACGGACCCGGGAAGAUGAGUACGACGAGGACGACGGUUUCCUUGUCGGCAGUGACGAAGAACCCGAAAUCGUCGAUGACGACGAUGAGGAGGAUGUGCUUGAAGAUGAAGAUAUGGAUGCCGAGGGCGAGGAAGAAGACCAGCCGCCCGCGAGACCCCGCCAGAAACGAGCAUCUCCCGAUGCUGGGGCUAACACUCCGCCGACUCGGAAGAAGAACCGCUACAUCGUGGACGACGACGACGAGGAGUGAAUGCUUUUCUAGAUCUAUCAUCCCUCCUCCGCAUUGCCUCACGGUUCUUAUGAAUCUUGCUUUCCUAUGCUAAUGACAUUUAAUUGUACCAUCAACCCGGGGGGUCGUUAUCGGCGCAUGAAUGGUCCAUCUCCGCGUUCCCUGCUGCACUUUGAUUUCUUCCAGGACAUUACAAAAUAAACAUUAAACCG